CUCUCUAUCUCUCAUACUCUUGUACAGCCUGUAUACAAUAGUCAGCAGCUAAUGUGUAAUAACUGCGGAUUAACGCGGUUCCGCCCAAUCCUCUAUCCGCUAGCCGUUGGCUAAUAACUUCUGUACUUAAUAUUAACUAUGUUUCCUUGAGCCCGCGCUGUGUCUCGCUUCAUGCAGUAGAUAGCCAGCUAACAACAUUACCAUAGCAACGCUGGUUAAUGUAGCUUGUAGACAGCGUAGCUAGUUAACCGCUAGUUGCUGAAGAAGUAGUAGUAGUUCAUAGCUAGCUAACCUAGUUAAUAGUUUUAAGCUCAUGUCUGCACUGUAAAGUUAGUGUACUGAGUGUAGCUGCAGUGCAGAGUCUAGAGUUGCCACCCGUCCCGUAAAAAUACUGAAUCCUUUAUUUGGCAAAUGAAUGCUAUGUCCUGUAUUUGUUCCGUAUUUCCAUUAAUGUCCAAUACACGUCUGACACACACACGCACACAAAACACUAAAGUUUAUCUAAAUUUUAGUAGACUACUGUGGUUUGAUUGUUUAGGAUAUUGAGGGUUAGUAUUUUGAAUGAAUGAUCAUUUAUUUAAUAUACAGCUCUGGAAAAAAUAAGAGACUUUAGUUUCUGAAUCAGUUUCUCUGAUUUUGCUAUUUAUAGGUAUAUGUUUGUGUAAAAUUAACUUUGUUGUUUUAUUCUAUAAACUACAGACAACAUUUCUCCCAAAUUCCAAAAAAAUGCCAUUUAGAGCAUUUAUUUGCAAAACAUUAGCUAUGACUGAAAUAACAAAAAAGAUGCAGAGCUUUUAUACCUCAAAUAAUGCAAAGAAAAUAAGUUCAUAUUCCUAAAGUUUUAAGAGUUCAGAAAUCCAUAUUUGGUGGAAUAACUCAGGUUUUUAUUGCAUCUUGGCAUGUUCUUCUCCAUCAGUCUUACACACUCCUUUUGGAUAAAUCUAUGCCACUCCUGGUGCAAAAAUUCAAGUAGUUCAACUUGGUUUGAUGGCUUGUGAUCAUCUAUCUUCCUCUUGAUUAUAUUCCAGAGGUUUUCAAUUUGGUAAAAUCAAAGAAACUCAUCAUUCUUAAGUGGUCUCUUUUUUGUUGCAUCAGAUAAUUAGUAACUGAAAACAUGUUGUUGUAUAUGGCUGAAUAUUUGAAAAUAUUGAUUGAUUGAUUCCACUUAUUUACCUAAUAAAAACUAUUUAAAAUAUUUUACAGUACUAGUCAAAAUUCUGGACACACCACUUCUCAUUCAAUUAGUUUUCUUUCCUUUUAUGAUUUUGUACAUUGUGAAGUUAAUAUUGGACUGCAUUAAAGCUAUACAAGAACAUACACAAAAUUAUUUUGUAAGCAAAAAGUAUUAAACUAACCAGAAUAUGUUUUCUAGUUUUGGUUAAUCUAAGUAGCACAUUUAUCUUGGAGGACAGAUCUGCACACUCUUGGUAUUUUAAUCUCAGUGUCUUUAUAAGCUAGAGUCAACUCGUUUUCUCAGCGGCUUGAAAGAGUUCCUGGAGGUGCUGAACAAUAAUUGCUGCUUUUCCUUUAUGCUGUGCUCCAGCUCAUCUCAAAUCACCCAGUCAACCCACCUCAGUUGGUUAAAUAUGCAAUUUUAUGUUUCCUUUAAUUUUUUAAAUAUUAAUAUACAAUGUAGAAAAUAAAUUAAAUAAACCGAAAAAAAACAUGGAACAAGAUUGUGUGUCCAACUCGUACUGUAUAACCAACAAAUCUCUUUUUUUCCAAAAGCAAAACAAAAAUCUUUUUAAUUUAUGCAAUGGUGAAACAGUACAAAAAAACUGUCCAAGUUUAUUCAGUUGGGGACAAAACAUGAUUCAGCAUGUUAUUACGAGUGGGCCUUCAUUAAAGAAGACUCCUCAUUCUUCUGCUGUUGCUAAGGCUAAAUGAUAUAUGGCAUCAUCUCAACCUCAGAAGUUGCCAGCAAACCUACCCAAGCGCACAGCCCACGCAAGCCAAGAGGACAUGGGAGAACUGGUUGCCUGUGCGCUUUUCCUUCCUCUCACUUGUGUACACUUCUGUACACUGAACCUGACUCCCAUCUUCAUCACACAAGUAUAACUUACAGCUCAUGUGUGAGCUCUGCAUGUUCUGGAACCGAGCUGGCAGAGUUCAUCAUCCACCAAAAUCAGAGGAAUCAUGAAGAAGAGUUAGGCCUACUCUGUACCAGUUUCACAAAAUGGGUGUAAAAGAAUUUGGUCUGCAAUUCACCUGCCCAUAAAAAGCAUCAAUGCUGAGCCUUUAAGAGCAAAGUGGAAUGCCACUAAGUGUUGAAUGACCGACUGAGGUCGUAGGAGAUAGCUAUAUUUACCACCCCAGUAACAUGAUCUCUGGCAUUCGGGAUCACUGUGCUCAUUCAAUCCCUCCCUGGUCCUCUCGCUCUGGGGCCACAGCCUCUCAAACAGCACACUGCGUAGCUUCAGAAAACGCCACUGGUUUAAGCCAUGAAAAGUGGAUGUGAGAUAUGACAAGCUGCCACCACUGUUUUUCCAUCAGCUGGAACUGAGAAAACAGCUCUACUUACAGCAGUCGAUGCGGCCUGCCACUGCCUUGCCUCCGGCUGACCUCCCAGCAUGUCUCGUGUCUCCUCCACGGCUAAGCGCUAUGCUGGCUCUUCUUAUACGAGCCACUAUAGCUCAUACGGCUCCUCCUUGACCCCUUCCCUGAGCUCCUUUGAUCGGGACAAGCUCCCCUACAAGACCUCCUCUUCCUCCGGCUACUCCUCUUCCAGCUACCUGAGCUCCAGCACCAGCCGCAUUCGGAACUACAGUGCCUCGUCCGAGCCAGACCGUGGCCGGCCCGUCCCUCGCAGCACCGACCUGCUGACCGGCCGGCGCAGCGAGAGCCUGAGCCGCACACCCGUAAAGGGCUACGGCUCGGGCCUCAACGGGGGCUCGGGCUACUCGGGCUACAGCUACUCUUCUGCCCAGCCCAGCUACCUCUCAGCAUCACCCUCCAGCAUUUCCUCCUCCAGUGUCUCCCUCAGCCGCCGCAAGUCAGUCAGCCAGAGCGACCUGACGCGGGAUCUGUCCUCUCUGGGCCUCAGUGAGGCCUCAAGCAGCAGCUCCAGCCUGAAGCAGGCCUAUAGGAGUCGGGCCAGUGAUACCACGGAGUCCUACAGCAGCAGCAGUACACGCUCUGGAUAUGGACUGUCACGCAGCUCCACACAGGAGGCCUUGAGUAGCACCAGCAGCAGCCGCUUCUCCACUUACAACGGCCGCUCCAGCUCACCUGUCAGGGACUCACUGAACUCCAAGAGUGCCCAGGGGCUGGUGGGACUGAAGAACUUAGGAAAUACAUGCUUUAUGAACUCCAUCCUCCAGUGUCUUAGCAACACACACAGCCUGCGAGACUACUGUCUGCACAACUCCCACCGCAGAGACCUCAACAACAACAGUCGCACAAACACUGCACUCAUGGAGGAGUUCGCCAGGCUCAUUCAGGCGAUGUGGACGUCGUCCGGCAGCGAAGCGGUCAGCCCUUCUGAGUUCAAAACGCAGAUUCAGCGAUAUGCUCCCAGAUUUGUGGGAUACAACCAACAGGACGCUCAGGAGUUUCUGCGCUUCCUGCUGGACGGCCUGCACAACGAGGUGAACAGGGUUACAGUCCGGCCACGGGCAACUACAGAGGACUUCGACCAUUUGCCUGAUGAGGAGAAAGGGAAGAAGAUGUGGAGCAAGUACCUGGAAAGAGAGGACAGUAAAAUUGUAGAUUUGUUUGUAGGCCAACUGAAGAGCUCCUUGACAUGCACUGAGUGUGGCUACUGUUCCACUGUGUUUGAUCCCUUCUGGGAUCUUUCCUUACCAAUCGCCAAGAAGGGCUACGGAGAGGUCAGUCUGAUGGACUGCGUUCGGCUCUUCACUAAAGAAGACGUGCUUGAUGGAGAUGAGAAACCGACGUGUUACAGAUGUAAAGCCAGAAGAAGAUGUACAAAGAAGUUCACAAUUCAGAGGUUCCCCAAAAUCCUAGUGCUACAUCUGAAGCGGUUCUCAGAAGCUCGAGUCAGAUCCAGCAAGCUGUCCACUUUUGUCAACUUCCCCAUGAAGGACCUGGACCUCAGGGAGUUCGCCUCUGACAGAAGCAGUAGUGCAGUCUACAACCUGUACGCAGUGUCCAAUCACUCAGGCACUACCAUGGGAGGACACUACACAGCAUACUGCUGCAAUCCUGCCACUGGAGAAUGGUACACAUACAAUGACUCCAGAGUAACGCCAAUGUCCUCCAGCCAGGUGCGCAGCAGCGACGCAUAUGUGCUGUUUUAUGAGCGGGCUGGCCUGUGAGGACACCUGAGUUGCAGGAGAGAGAGAGAGCAGCUUCCAGGCACCCAGGGCUCAUUACACACUCCUUCACACACUGCUCCAACUUCUCCUGACUGACAGAACAAAGAGACUGUCGCCCUCUUCUGGACACCCAACAAAAAUAAAUGUCUUGUAGUAAAGGGCACUCUUGUUACUGUGACCAGACUGUUUCGAAUGGGCGGAGCAGAAGGUGUGUCCUGAUGCCUCUGCGAACGUGCGUGUGUUUGCGUGUGUGUAGGACUGAGUGUAUCUGUGUGUAUGUGUCUGAGGGCAGCUGCUGGGAGACAUUGUCAGGCAAUAAACCCCUCAUGGCUCUGUCUCAGAAGUCUCUUGCUAUGCACUGCAACAGGACUUGUCCCGACUGCGCCUUCUUCUCGUUAAAGACCGCCUCAAUAUUAAGACUGGUUUUAAACUGUUAAUGAAUUGUUUUUUCCCUUGUUUUAACUUUUUUUUUUAUUCCCUGCACUCUGAACUGGGAACUGAACUGGUAUUACGCAUCAAGAGGGCAUAAGGAGAACAACAUGAAUUACUGCUUCAAGGCUGCAACUUAUAGCUACCUGAUGAUCAUGCUCACCUCCCCACACUUUGUUGUUUUAGUGUUUCAUUUCACCUGUGAGUCCCUCCUGAUUGCUCUCGAAUCUCCUGAGGGUUGGAAAGGGGGGAAAAAGUCUGAUGAAAGCUCUGUCGAAAUGGUUAGGGUGGCCGUGUGGCUGUGGCUUGUUUUUAUUCAGUGUGGCUGCUACUGAUCCCUGAUACUUAAAACGCUGUGAAUGAAAGGACAGUCCAGGUCAGCUGACUAUAAUAAGAAAAAUAGUCCUGAUCGUAUGGACUGGUUCAUCCUUGAUUUCAUGCCAUUGAACAACAUGGGAAGAAUGUUUUGGAAAACAAACAGAAAACACUAUAUAUGUAUAUUUUUAUAUAUGAUAGAGAAUGUACUAUACAGUGGUGCUGAAAAUGACCUGUUACUGUUUUCAGUUGGUUUAACAGGAGAAAGACCGGAUUCUAUUUAUGAUUACAGGUGAUAUAAUGUCAGAUGAGUCACUUUUUAACAGUGGCAGAUGAUGUACAAAACAAUAAAGUUUUGAAAAACA